GAACCACCACCCAUUUCAGGUUCAAUCGUGUUCCCAUUUCUCUUCGGGAACGAUUCCCUCCUGCGAAUUCUUCGCGGCAUCGUCGGCGAUCGCUGAGAGAAUCUGGACAAUUAUCUGGACACUGAGAUUGGGAAAACAUUUAGUUCCUGCCGCAUUGUUAAUUCACCUUGGUUUUUAGAAGUAGCUGUCCAGUGAUGGGGCAGCGGAACAUACAAUGCUCCUACCAGAUGCCACUUUUGAAAUCAGGGCAUGACCAAACCCUUUUUUAUCAAGAUCAUAGCGUCUCUCAACCAAAUAUGGUUAAUCACACUAGUCAAAGCAUGCGACCAGAGAUAGCAAUUCCUGGAACUACUACAGAUAUUGGUCUUAACCAAGUCAGAAACCAUGAUGAUAUGAACAAAAAUCAAUAUGGCGUUAUCCAAAGUCCCCAUCUUGUUACAAAUACUGAUUUUGCUGGCACAAUGCCUUUGUACCCUGAUAAUCGCCGUCAAGUUCCUUCAUUUGCUUGUUUCUCUGUCUCUAGAGACGACAGAUCCGCUGAUGAAUUUCCAUCCUUUAGCAUGUCCAGACUAGUAGGAGUUGGCAUGGAUGAGUAUGGUAGACAUAAUAGUUUUGCGGAUUACGUUAGAGCUUCCUGCAAAAGAAAGAACGCUGCCGUGGUUCCAGGUAACCAUUUCCAUGAUGGGUUAAACAGCUCACAUGUUUCUUCAUCUUCUCUCUCUGUCAUUACUGAGCAACCACUGUGGAAUGAGCCAUAUGAAUCUGGGUUCAAUCUCUUGAAUCCCUCUACAGCCACCCCAGCUGUAUAUGGAGGGAUUAAUGCUCUGCAAGCCACAGAAGGAUCUCGCAGAAAUCUGUGGAGCAGAUCUAAUGGAACCACAAUCCAUCCUGAUUCUUCAGCAGUGCAUCAUAGUAAUUACUUACACCAAGGGAACUGUAUAGGUCAGUCUGCUCCACCUGACAACUCUUGGAUGGCGCCAUUUGGGAAUAAUGCAGGUGGUGGUGGAUGUUCCAAUUGGAGCAACCCUCAUGCUGUAACUCAUUUGCAAGGAAGAUAUUUCAGUUCAAGGGAUGUGGAGUUGGCGAACAUGGGUGUGCAGGGAUAUCAGGAAAUUCCAUUUAAUGCUAAUUCUGCUUUCCUUUUUCCAGUCAGCUCCUAUGCCUAAUCCUGCUCCUAUACCUAAUUUUCAUCACCAUCUAGCACCCUUGCAUAGCAUACAAGUUCAGAAUUAUGGGCAGCAUAUUAAUUUUCCAGCGCCCCCUUAUCAGCUUCCUCUUCACUCUUUUUGUCCAUCCACUAUCAAUCCUUCAUUCAAUCCUCUGGAUUCUGGCAACAGAUUUCUACCUUGCCCGCCACCCAACGCCAAACUCAUUUGUGGUCCCCUGCAGCAACCUCAAACUGCAGUUUCAGUAAGCCACAGAAAUUUGAGGAUUCUAUCAACGGAGGAUCCUGCUGUAUUGGAACUUCCAAGGUUUUAUGGUGUUGGGGAUGUCACUGACCAGCAUAGAGAUAUGAGACUUGAUAUCGACGACAUGACUUAUGAGGAACUUCUUGCCUUAGAAGAGCAGAUUGGAGAUGUCAGCACUGGCUUGACAGAGGAAUCUAUCCUUCAGAAUCUAAAGACGAGUUUCCACAUCACAUCAUCUAAAUCUUCAUUUUCUGAUUGCUCUUCUAGAUCUUUUCCAGAGAAUGAAACUUGUUCCAUUUGCCAGGUGGAGUAUGAAGAGAGUGAGAGACUAGGAACGUUGAAUUGUGGACACAAUUACCAUGCUGACUGCAUAAAGCAAUGGUUAUUGGUGAAAAACCUUUGUCCAAUCUGCAAAACUUCGGCUUUCGCAUCAAAUGAUAAAAGAGAUGCAUGACUAUCCAAAAACUGUUGUUUUUUUUUUGUCUGUUUGUUGGAGAAAAAACACAUCCAAUCAAUUGUUGUAAAUAGAGACGACGCGAAAACGGUGUCCCUUGCAAACGUUGACCCUCACAAUUAAGAGGGUGAAAUUUGCUCUCUGUAUAGCAACAUUUGUUCCAGUAUCAGAAAAACUGUUUUAUGAAUAUGCAAGCAGGAAGUUGGUGA